AUGUCAUCCACACAUAAAGACGAACUUAUCAACAAUUUUAUUGAUAUUGCACAAUGUUCAAGAGAAAUAGCAGCACAAUAUUUAGAAGCUGCAGAAUGGAAUGAACAAGCAGCUCUAGAUUUUUUUCUUGAUAGUGGUGAUACUCAACGUCGUGAUUCGUUUCCUUCAACAGAAUUCACAUCAUCUAUACCAAAAACUAAUCAAAAUAUUCCUGACAAGACUGUAUCUAGUGGAACAGAUGAUAAUGAUUUAGAUGAUGAUUUAUUACAAUCUGCUCUUGAAGACAGUCUUCGUAUUAAACCACCUGAAAAAUCUCCAGUAAUAGUUCCAAAAAGAAUUAAUAGUCAUAAAUCAAUAAUAUCAUCUAAUAUAAAUACUUUUAAUAAUGAUGACAAUUUUUCAGAUGAUGAAGGUCAAGCUUUUUAUGCUGGUGGUUCAGAACAUAGUGGUCAACAAAUUAUUGGACCACCAAAAAGCAAAGAUAAUAAUAAAAAAGUAACUAAUGUAUUUGAAGCAGCUCGAAAACAAGGAGCUACAGAAGUUCAUGACGAUGACUAUACUUCAUCAUCUCAUAAAAAAACAGAAAAACCAUUUGCAGGUGUUGGAUAUUCUUUAGGAAAUGAUCAUACACCAUCGCGUACUCAAGAACAAUCAUCAUCAGCAGCUGCAGCAGCUACAUCUAAUCAAGUAGAAGAUAUGCCAAUUCGAUUUUAUUCAAAUGGAUUUACUGUUGGUGAUCGUGAACUACGUAAAAUAGAAGAUAAUCAAGAAUUUAUGGAUUAUAUUAAACGUGGUGAAGUACCACCUGAACUUAGAAAUUUAAAUAAAGGUGGACGACAAGUUCAAGUACGUCUUAAAGAUCAUCGUGAUGAAGAAUAUAAACAUGUCGCACCUAAAUUUAAACCUUUUGGUGGUUCUGGUAAUACUGUAGGUAUUUCUAAUGCUGAACAAACUCCAUUUAAAUCAUCUAUGGUUUCAUCUGGUAAUACAACGUUAGACUCUUCAGAUGAAAAAAGUCUUGAGAUACUUGCUGAAAAACGCUUAAAAAGUUCAUCGUCAUCAACAACAAUUCGUCUUCGAUUACCGGAUAUGUCAAAGCCAAUAUGUAUUAAAAUUGAUCUCAAUCGAACAUUAGAUGAUAUACGAAAAUUCCUUACUGAAAAUGUUCAAUCACUUCGAUCUAAUGCAUUCGAAUUUAUGGAACCACCAUCAACAAAAAUAAAACGUGAAGAUGAAAAAAGAAAAAUAAGUGAUACAAAAUUAUCAAACUCCGCACUUGUCGUCCGACGAAUUACUUAA